AUGACGCAAAAUUGGGAUCAUUUAAAUCUGCAUGAAUCUCUUGGGAUCGUCCCCUUCGACGACAAAUCUCAGGGCCUCAAAUCUCAAGACACAGCCUCGCACUUAUUACGACAAGGACACCUGGUAAAAUCCACGACAGUAACAAGCCCUGAAACAUACGCAACGAAGCAGACCGGCAACGGAGGCACGUCAGGAAGGGUUCAAACACCAGUCAACCCACACCUGGGCCAGGACAAGCCCAAGGUAUUUGAUGCUGCUGGAGCGAUCGGCCACCAGUUUACCGAGGACGGAGCGAUUGGCAAGCAGUUCACAAUGGAGGGAGGCAUCGAUGAUACGGUACAGGAUAAGCUUGGUGGUACAACUAGCAAGAGCAACUAG